GUGGACCCUGUUGAGAACAAGCAAGAGAGCAGCAGCAUGAAGAAGAAGAAGAGGGAGCCGCUACCCUCACACCUCGGGGCCUGGGACAGCCCUCACGGCCCAGUCGGUUUGCACAACCUGGGGCAGACCUGUUGCCUUAACUCCCUGAUCCAGGUAUUGAUUAGGAACGUGGGCUUUACCCAGAUACUGAAGAGGUUAAAAGUGCCAGUGGGAGUGGAGGAGCAGAGGAGGAACGUGCCCUUCCAGCUGCUCUUGCUGCUGGAGAAGAUGCAGGACGGCCGGCAGAAGGCCGUGCGGCCCUUGGAGCUGGUGCACUGCCUGCAGAAGCACAACGUGCCGGUGUCUGUCCAGCAUGAUGCCGCUCAACUUUACCUCACAGUGUGGAACCUCAUUAAGGACCAGAUGACGGACGUGCACCUGGCUGAGCGGCUGCAGGCCCUGCACACGAUCCAGACGAGGGAGACCUUCGUGUGCCUGGACUGUGCUGGGCAGAGCAGCACGGACAGCAGCCUGCUGACCCUCCCGCUUUCUCUCUUCGACGCGGACUCACGCCUCCUGGGGACACUGGAGGAGGCCCUUCACUGCUUCUUCCAGCCCAGGCCGCUGUCCAGAGAGAGCAGGUGCUUCUGCAAGCACUGUGGGAGGAGGACCAGCGGCCAACAGGUCUUGAAGCUGACACGUCUGCCCCAGACCUUGACAAUCCACCUCAUGCGGUUCUCCGUCAGGAAUUCACGGACAGAAAAACUCUGCAGUUCCCUGCAUUUCCCCCAGAGACUGGACCUGGGUCAGGUCCUUCUGACGGAGGACACUUCCCCCUGCGACGGCGAGGGCCAGCUCGGAGGGCAGUUUGAGCUCUUUGCCGUGAUCGCGCACGUGGGGCUGCCCAACUUCGGCCAUUACUGCGCCUACAUCCGGAGCUGCGAGGACGGACGGUGGUUCUGCUUCAACGACUCCAGUGUGUGUGAGGUGUCCUGGGAAGACAUCCGGUGUACCUACGGCAACCGCAGCUACCGCUGGUAAGAGACGUGUUUGAGUGGGCGAAGCCCCAUGAGCUUGUACCAGGCCCUCAACUGCUGUGGAAACGCUCAUGGGCUCUGGUCUGCUUCAUCUUUCAUACCCAUCCCACUGCACCAUGAUUUUCUCACAGUUUAUUUUAUCUAUUGAUUUUUCCCAAAUGUUUGAGACCAGGCAUCUCUGUCUUGCUAUGGAAUUGUGCUAGACAGAGGUAGUUAUGCACC